GAGAAAGCUACGAAAGUUGAGAAGAUGGUAGAGGCGAGGUCUGUAGCACUGACUGGGGACCAUUGGACGUCCGUUAACAACGACAACUACCUCGGCGUUACAGUACACCUCAUCGAUGCUAGCUGGGAACUUCACUCCUUCGCUUUAGGUGUGAUGAAAACAGAGGAGCGUCACUUUGCAGAAGCGUGUGCAAGGCAGUUCCUCGACGUCGCUAAUCAGUGGGGGAUAACUGACAAAAUAAGCACUAUUGGAACAGAUAGUGCUCCUAAUAUGGUGGCAGCAGGGAGGAUACUGCCAUUCGAGCACUUGCCCUGUGUUGCGCAUGUUGUACAGAGAGCUAUUGUAAUGUCACUUCGGGAAGGUGGUUUUGAUGGUGCACUGGCCAAGUGCCGUAAAGUGGUCGGACAUUUCAAACACAGUCCGGCCAACUCAGACGAGCUAAAUGUGCAACAAUCCUCCCUUGGACAAGUUAAGGAGUCACUCGUGCAAGAUGUUCCAACGCGUUGGAAUUCCACUCUCGAGAUGAUAAAGCGCGUGAGGCGCAACAGAGACGCACUGCACACAACGCUGUCUCUGCAGAAGCACAACCUGACCCUCCCAACAAAUGCGGAUUAUGAGAAGUUGGCAAAGCUAGAGAAACUGCUGGAGCCAUGCAGGUACAUCACUGAGCUCCUUGGUGGAGAUAAGUAUGUAUCCUGCUCUGUGGUUCUACCUGCCCUGUGCCACCUCCAGCACGCGAUGAACAUCUCAGAUGAUGAUCCUGCCUAUAUUGUGCGAUUCAAGGCUGCCUUCAUUAAGGACCUCGACCAGCGGAGGGAGAAAAUAAACCUGGAAUGGCUUAAGGUGGCGACUGCUCUAGAUCCACGAUUUAAGGACCUCAAGUGCUUGCCCAGAGCAGAGAGGGAGCCAGUGUGGGCAAAGCUAAGUGCGUUGAUGAAGGGAGAAGAACCUGCUGUGCAGCCACUCAGGGAGGAGAACCCUGAGCCAACCAAGAAGAAAACAGCCCUGCUACUGAUGGGAUCCGACUCAGAAUCAGAUGAGGAGACACCAGAAGACAGUACAGUGGAGAGGUACAAGGUAGAGCCCAGUGCCAGUCUAGAUCAGUGUCCACUGAAAUGGUGGUCGGAGCACACUGCUGUCUAUGGUAAAAUGGCCCAAAUUGCCCGUAAAUACUUGGGGACCCCUGCCACAACUGUCCCAUGCGAGAGACUUUUUUCUUUAGCAGGCCAUAUUGUGCAGAAGAGGAGAGCUUGUUUGUCACCAGAAAAUGUGAACAAACUGGUCUGCCUGAGUGACUGGUGGAAGAAGGAGAAAUAGAGCUUUGACUGACACAAAGCUACUGACUGUAAACAGUUCAUUACAACCUGUUAUAUAGGCCUACUGUUCAACUAAAAAUAAACAGUUAAUAAACACAAGUACAUCUCAUUGUCAUUGAUUUAUUUUCAUCACCAAUUAUCAUAGAACAGCUUUCUCAAGCAGUUUGUGAUGCAUUUUGGAAACUGGAGAUGAGCCCCUGGUCUAAUGCACCACCUGGCUUGAGAAACCCGUUCUCAAAGACUUACUUUUAGUCAUUAUUUGGGUAGCACACAUAUUCUGAAUGCCUUCGGCAGAAUUCAAAUGAGCCAUUUUAAUCUAGAUU